AUCUACACUGAAAAAAGACCUCAUGUUUGCUCCUCAGUGUACAUAAAAACAGUAGAAAGAGAUUAAUGAAUUUAUGAGGAGAAAUCGACAUAUGUUUAAUGCAAUUCCAUUUUUUUUUUAUUAUGCUGUACAUACAAAAUGUAUUUAACAAGAAUAAAUUUUAUAAAUUUAAUUAUAUCUUCACUAAUAUUAGUUAGCAUUGUAGCCAGCAAGGAAGUCGUGGAAGAGUCACAAUCAAUAUCUGAGGACAUUUCCAGUCAGCAAGAAAAUGAGCAAGUUUUUAUAGAUGAGGAGAAAGAUUCUGCAAAAGAAAGUGUGGAAGUACCGGCAAAUAUCACUAAUAUUGUUUCAAUUAAUAUCACUAAAGUUAAUUGUUUAUCAGAGAAAAUCUAUGGCCCUGUUGAGAUUGUCAAUGCAACAAGACUCAUGGAAUUGCUAAUCUUAGAACCUGGGCCAUCAAAUCGUUCCAGAAAUGACAAGGAUGGUAAGCAGAUACCAGGAAUAUGUGUUCUAGUAUUAUUUUAUGCUAGGUGGUGUGUAUUUAGCAGUCAAGCAGCACCACAUUUUAAUGCUAUACCACGUUCGUUUCCUCAUAUUAAAGCUGUUGCCAUCGAUGCCAUAAGGCACCAAAGCUUUAAUGCUCAGUAUGGAAUAGUUGGUGUGCCAACAUUAAUGCUGGUUCACAAUGGCAAGCCUGUUGCAAAAUUCAACGACACAAUUUAUACCCUGGAAUCAUUCGCUAAAUUUGUUUCUCAUUUGACUAACUUGCAAUCCAACGGCUCGUUGUAUGUCACAUCGGGGGAUUUUACAGGGCCAGUUUCAAGCACGCCUUCCAAUGAAGUAGAUUACUGCUUGAUGUUGUCCUGGGUCUUCAUCAUUGCUUGUGUCUUGUACUUCACAUCCCGCAGCAGAUGGUGGCAGCAGUUUGUUGAACUCAUUCAGAAUACUUGGCGUGAGAGCAAUGCACAACAUGAACAUGCUGAUUAGAAAAGAUUAUUAUUAAAUAUAAAAUUAUUUAUUUGUCAAAUCUGUGUAAAAAAUGUAAAGGAGAGACGUGAAUAAAUAUAUAGGUGCUAAUUGAUAA